AUGCGAUUUGGGAUCUGUACCAGUUUAGAAAAUGUGAAUCGGCUCGCAGAAGUUGGGUAUGACUACAUUGAAUUGGGGGUCCGUCCGGCGUUGAUGCCCGAGUCGGAUGAGACCGAAUUUCAGAAAAUCCGUGAGCAAGUGGCGAAAGCACCGUUAAAGCCGGAGUCGUACUCAGGAUUUAUUCCGGGUGAUCUGCGCGUCGUAGGUGACACUGUCGAUGUCCCGCGUUUAUCUCGUUAUGUAGAAACUGCAUGUCGUAGAAGCAGUGAGAUUGGCGGUGAAGUUAUUGUCUACGGCAGCAGCGGUUCGCGGAGUAUAACAGAAGGCUAUUCGCGCGAACGUGCAUUGGCACAAAUUGCUGAGUUCCUCGAUAUGGCGGCAGAUCAUGCUGAAGCACACAACAUGACUAUUGUAAUUGAACCGAUUUGUUCGCGAGAGGGAAAUAUCCUACGAACCGUCGCAGAUGGACUCGCUAUGGCAAAACGCGUGAAUCGUCCGGGGAUCAAGGCGUUGGCAGAUCUCUAUCAUAUCUGGCAGGAAGAAGAACCGAUGCAAAACAUCAUCGACGCUGCUGAGUGGCUCGCGCAUGUUCACAUAGCGGAACCUGUCAAGCGUUCCUAUCCCGGAAACGACGAUUUCGAUUUCACAGAUUUCUUCACAGCACUCCAAAAAGCGGGCUAUGACGGUCGCGUCUCGUGCGAGUGCAAGUUUGACAAUUUUGACGAGGAUGUUGAGGAGGUGGAGCCGAUCCUUACACGCGAACAAGGCAGAGUCAUCCGGGCGCGGACAGGGUUUUAUGAUGUCCAACACGAUGAUAUUAUCCUGCGAUGCACACUCCGUGGCACACUCAAACGGAGACACCGUUCUGAAACCGGACGCAGACUGUAUGCCGACCCAGUUGCUGUUGGUGAUUGGGUCAUCUUCACACAACUUGAUAUGGAAGAGGGAGUGGUAGAGGAUAUUCUGCCUCGCCAGACAAAGUUCUCGCGGCAAUAUGCUGGAAAACACGAGGACAUUGAACAGGUUAUUGUUGCGAAUGCACAUCAAAUCGUAGCCGUUGUCUCUACGCUUAUGCCACCCCUUAAUUUUCGGACGCUGGAUAGGUUUCUUAUCUUGGCGGAGGCAGGCGACAUGGAAGCGGUGGUAUGUCUCAACAAGAUGGACUUAGUGGAUGAAGCCCAACGAACAGAACUCACAGCGAUCUUUGACGUUUAUGAGAAAUUGGGGUACCGAGUCCUCUAUACCAGCAUCAAUGUUCCUGAGAGUCUAAACGCACUUCAAAUGCACUGA